AUGGCACAUGAUACAAAUGAGUCAACCUUGGACACUGUCGUCUAUGACGAUGGUGGCAAGAAGUUUGUCGACGACGACGAGUACAAGCCAAUCAUCGACCAAAAGUUGGAUGUUAAAGUAGCUAUUAUAAUGGUGUUGUUGGGCACUGGCUACCUGUUCCCAUUCGAGAGUUACUUGCUUUCGAUGGACUACUUCACCGUGUUGUAUCCAAAGUACAACAUCUACUCGUCUUUCCCUUUUAUCUACAUGGGUGCCAUCUGUAUCACCUUCCUGUUCUUCCUCAAGUUCCCCAACUUUAGCUCACACAAGCGUCGUAUGAUCUUUGGAUUCCUGUUCUAUGCACUGAUCAUGAUUUUGGUGCCAGUGGUCAACCUCACUGGAAUCCGUGGAUCGGUCGAGUCCUACGUCAUCACACUCAUCCUCAUCACCAUUACAGGUGUAGUCGAUGGCUUUGUCCAAGGUACCAUCUAUGCCAUUGCUGGUCUGAUGGGUCCACGUUACACUCUUUUCACUCAAACUGGUGUCGGUCUUGCCGGUAUCAUUGUCGUUAUCACCAGAACAAUCUCCAAGGCUGCCCUGCCUCAUGAUGGAGAGAAGAAUGUGCUGAUGUUCUUCUUGAUCUCUGCAUCAAUUGUUCUUAUCUGUCUCGGAUCAUUCCUUUACUUGCUCACAUUGCCAGUCGCCAAGCAGCUGCAUAUCAGACAGUCGGACCAGGCCGCUCAGGAGGAGGAGGAGGAGAAGCCAAAGGCCAAGUUGUGGCCAAUCGUCAGAGUCACCUGGCAGUUGGGUAUGAUGAACUUCUUCAUCUUCUUGCUGUCCAUGUUCAUCUUCCCAGGCGUUGUCUUGCGUAUCACUACCACCCAGAUGGACGGCGGCUGGUUCGCCAUCACCCUGCAGGCCACCUACAACCUGUUUGACUUUAUCGGAAAGACCUGCCCUGUCUUCAUCCAUGAGGAUGGCAAGAGAAUCCCAUCCUACCCAGUGCUCUGGGCCAUCACCAUUGGACGUUACAUCUUUGUCGCCCUGUUCUUCCUUUGUGUCUACACCGAGAUCUUUAAAAACAUUGCCUGGCCAAUCGUUUUCCUUGUCAUCUUCUCAUUUACCAAUGGAUACACAUGCUCCAUUGUCAUGUCCGAAGGUCCAAGAAUUGUAAAGAGAGACCAGAAGGAGAGAGCUGGAGUGUUCAUGACAACAAUGUUGAUCAUUGGACUUACCCUGGGCUCCGUUGCCAACUUUAUCUACUCUACCCUUAAGCCUCAAGUCUGGGCCUAA